AUGUCUCAUGUCUUGAGCGCCAACACCCAAACUACGCUCAGUCCGCCGCGUCCAUCAUGGGUCGACCUAAGCCACUUCAGCCUCCCGGGCCCCAUGGGCAACGGUGGACAUGUGCCCUAUCUCAUGGCACUUCUCCUGGUGGUUUCUGUGAUGGCGGUUUCGCUGCGCCCGAAUAAGCUCUCCGCGUUUCCCGUCAUCAAUGGUUCGAAAAACGAGUAUCUCAGAAACGGGAGAGCGAUGCUAGCACGAGGCAUGAGAGAGUACGGAAACAAGCCGUUCAGGGUGAACACUGGCCUCGGCGGCGGUGUCAUUAUUCUCAACUCUAGUGCCAUGCCUGAAGUUAAGAAUGACCACCGUUUUGACUCCACGAAAUUUCUUCUCCAGUAUUGGCAAGCCGGAAUCCCAGGUUUCGAACCGUACAUCGCCCUCGGGACCGAGAUCCUUCACAAUGUCAUCAAAUGGAACCUCACACCGGCUGGCAUUGCCAAGCUAAACAAGCCUCUAUCGGAUGAAGCUAAUUCUGCCUUGAAGGAUAUAUUAACCGACAACGAGGAAUGGCAUGAAGUGUUACUUGGAGACGUCCUCAUCCGCAUCGUGGCGCGAGUCUCGUCGGUCAUCUUCUUGGGCCCGGAACUGUGCCGAAACCCGGACUGGCUCAAGAUCACGGUCAACUACACCAACAAGGCAACAAAUGCGGCCAAGGUCCUGCGCCGAUGGCCCGUCUUUCUCUACCGCGUCGUUCACUGGCUCCUGCCCGAGUGCCGGGAGGCGCGGCGCAUGGUUGUCGAGGGCCGCGAGACCAUCGCCCCGAUUCUUGAAAAGCGCCGGGCCCAGAAGGCAGCCGACCCCAGUCUCGAGUUCCAUGACGCGUUGGACUGGUACGAGUCGGCCGCGAAGAAGAUGGGCGUCGAUUACGACGCCGCGUCGCAACAGCUGGGCCUGAGCAUAUCGGCCAUCCUGACUAGCAACGAUCUCAUGUCGCAAAGCAUCAUGGACCUCUGCCAGAACCCAGAAAUGUUCGAGCCCCUUCGAAACGAGAUCCGAUCCGUCCUCGGGGAUGGUGGGUGGAAACCGGCCACUCUCUUCAACAUGAAGCUUCUCGAUAGCGUUCUGAAGGAAAGUCUGCGUCUAAAACCCGUUGCAGCCGUUGCGAUGGGCCGCAGAGUCAUGUCGGAAGUUCGGCUCAAGGACGGGACCAGGCUCCCGAGCGAAUGUGGCAUCGCCCUGUCGGCCGAGAAGAUGUGGGACCCCGAGGUCUACAAGAACCCGAGAGCCUACGACGGAUACCGCUUUCUUCACAUGCGGGAAGCCUCGGAGCAGGGAGAGAAGACGGCCCAGCUGGUCAGCACCUCGCCCGAGCACCUUGGGUUCGGUCUCGGGAUUCACGCUUGCCCUGGCCGCUUCUUCGGCGCCAACACGGUGAAGUUGGUCAUGUGUCACUUGCUGCUCAAGUACGACAUCAAGCUGGCUGAAAACACCAGCACCAUGCCUCUCGAGUUCGGGUUUUCCAUGUUAGCCAACCCGACCACGAAAGUGCUGAUCAGGCGCCGAAAGGAACAGGUUCACUUCUAG